UGUCAGAAUGACAGAGCAAGGUACAAUAACAUAGGACGAUAAUCUUGUUGUUGAAAAAUUAUACAAAUUAAUUUCAAAUAACGACACAAGUACAUAUUGUUUUAUUUAUUGUGAAUUUUAAAACAAAAAUAAUGUCGUGCGAAAUAGAACAAUUCGCUGAUUGUGGUGAUAUUUUAAGUAUCGGACGUGCGCUCUUUGUUCCUGAAAAAGAAGAUACAAAUUGGUUAACCCAAUGUCCCAUGUCGUUAUCAUCCUGCGGAAACUUACUAGCUGUCGGGUAUAAAAAUCGCUUAUGCUUGCUAACAUCACAGUGGAUUAGUUCGACAGACAGCAACACAUAUAUAAUAUCGUGGAGUGGCACACUUCCUGCUGAGAUAUCAGUUAUACUAGCCUUACCUAUUUGCCCAACUAAACACUCUUCACAGAAUGUACCAGAUUGGUUUUGUAUCAUUGUUGGAUUUAAAAAUGGAAGUAUUGGAUUUUACACCAACACUGGCCACUUGUUACUACUUGAGAAGCUGGAAGACAAACCAGUCAUGAAGAUUACAUGUCACACAGGCACAUACGGAACUUUAAGUGAUGAUGUUAUCAUUCUGUUUCCUAAUUCAGAGUGCAUUGUCUCUGGACCCAGCUUAUUUCAAACUCUCAAAAAUGCAAAAGCCCAAUUAGCCCGAGUUCAAGCAGGUGUUCUGGAUGAAUAUUCAGUCGACAGUCGUAACAUCAACAUCAGGAGGUGGACAUUUACAGCUGAUCAAGAUACACUGAAUGAUGCUGAGAUGGUGGGGAUAGAGCUUAAGAACACAUAUGACCACCUAUUAGCUGCAUCUACAUAUGGUGGAUAUGACACAUGGUAUCGCUCCGUACCAGCUAUAAAUUAUCUAAUAUUGGGAGCGGGGGUGAAGCCUUACGUCGGCUUCCACAACGCGCUUGAAGGCGGAACCACGCCGCCGCUUCAGGACGUGGCAAGAGCUGUGGCACACAAAAUAAAAUCCGCUUUGCCAGGCUGGCUUGGAGGCAGUAACACAGAGACUGCCCCCACCAACACUGAACCUCUAAUCCGAUCAGAGAGUUUGUACAUGCGUUAUGGUUUAUACGAUAGCCAGAGACAGGGCACAUCAGUCGUAGUCUCUCCAGACAGGAGGCUUGCAGCCAUCACCGAUAAUUUUGGACGCAUCGCCGUGCUUGAUGUUAAGAAAGGUUAUUUGAUUCGCUUGUUUAAAGGAUAUAGAGAUGCUCAAUGUGGUUUUGUACAGCUAUUUGACGUAGAAAACAAUAAACCUCAAGUAUGUGUAGCUAUGGAUAUCAAAAGAGCUAUAUUUCUUAUUAUCUAUAAUCCCAAGAAAGGUUUAAUAGAUAUUAGACUAAUGCAGAGCGGUACUCGUGUGGGAGUUUUCACAGCAACGAAAAAUGGAAAGCUACUUUACAAUACCUGUGGCUUUGUUGGGACUGAAAAAAAAUUUACUCAUAAGAAAGUAAAUUUACCCGAAUUCCAAUGCGUGCUCAUUGAUCCGGACGGCAAACUAAAGCAGUUUAAUAUUCCAUUUUUUUACGCUUUGGAAGGUGAAAAUUCUCAAAGAUCUAAGGAUUUACACCUGUUGCGAGAAUUAAAAGAACAUAUUAAAAAAGGACCCGAAAACACAGAAGAAUAUCUCAAGGAAAUUAUUGAAAGGGCUACAGAACUGCAAACUUUAGAAUUAAAAAAAUACUGCAUUGAUUUGCUGCUAAGAAAGUACAAUAUUCCACCAAAAGUUAUCAUGUCUUGCUUGGAUGUUUAUUGGAAUUCAGUUUCUGAAGAUUCUGAUACUGAAGCGCAAGAUAUCAAAAACUAUUUCAAUAACGUUGCGUUAAUAACACUUUUCUACCGACGUAUAAAUAAUGAAGAUCAUGGCGAUGUUCAAGAGUUUAUUGAUAAAAUCACUGAUAAACACCAUGAUGAACUUGCUGCUGAUUUGAGCGAUGAAAAAGAUGAAACCCCAGAAUUUCAUCUUUUGGACGAUGAUAAUUGCGUUUUAGAGAAAAUGUUAAAUAUGGCGCAAGAAAAUUAUUACAAAGAGCAUCAACACGCUAAAGUUAAGUUCGCUGAACAGAAUGACAGUGAUUUUAAAGAACUUGUAUCUUGUUUUGUUUUAGAUGGUAAAUCUCAUUUGAUCUCCUUAAAGGCUAAUAUUACAGAUGAUAAACUCAACAGUUUGGCAUCAAGCAUUUUCAAAAAAAUAUUUGCUGUGAAUGAUUUGAAAUUGUUAACCCAAUUUGUAAAAGAGAGUAACAUUGAUCCGAAAGAUGUCGUAAAGUUAAUAAUUAUACAUAUAAUGAAUAUGCCAUUGGAUCAAAUACAAAUGGAAAUGAUCGAGAAACUAAUUGCAGUUAUUUAUUAUCUUUGUCGAGUAUCAGAAGAUGCUGUAAAUGUGUCAUAUAAUGAAAUUUCUCCAUGGUGGGAUGAAAUUCGCGAUAUGUUGGUAGAUAUGCCUUGCCCUUUGAGAACUAUGAUCGUUGCGAUGGUAUGUAAAGCAGUAGACAGAUUGUUUGAAAUGAAUUCCUCUGAAGAUGAGGCUUGGGAGUCUGUCACUAAGGAAAAUGCCAAAUGGGGACUAUUAAUCGGAAAACUUGAAGAUAUAUCAAUUCUGAGUAUUGUCCUAAUGUAUAAAGAUGAUUUCAAAGGCAAUGCUUUACCAAAACUGACAUUUGAUGAAUUUAAUAUAAAUUUAAAGUUCAUUUAUAACAGAGGCAAAGGAUCUAUUACAGAAUUAAUAGCGAAAUGGCUUUGUAGCAUGGGAGUAUCGCCUGAAGCGGUGAUAGCUAAUGAAUUGAUGGAACAAUUCUUGGAUAUCGACGAGUCUACAUUAGAUGAUUCAGACGAAUACGAAUAUUCUUAUUUGUAUUGGUUAAACAAUCGAGUAUAUGUUGAUGAUAAUCCGGUUAUAUUUAAAUGGCUGUCACUACUUCGUCGGCAAUUCCCGUUGAGUACUUUGGCGACUUAUAUAAUUGCUAAUAUGUGUUGGGAGUAUGCUAAGGCGUGGCAAAAUAAUAUGCAGAAAACAAUGGAGCUAAAGGCUAUUACUUCAUGUAUUACUAAGAUAAGAGACGUUCACAUAAAGCUAGGCCUAUAUACAAUAAUAUGGUCUACGUAUAUAAAAAACAUAUUCGAGGCGACUUGCAAGUUGGUGAAUAAAGUAGGGAGAUUGCCCAAAGAUCCUCUUUGCCAACAAGAUUUAGGUUUCGACAGCACCACCAUGUUGAGUUUCCUCGAGUUUACAACAGAUUAUUUAGAGCGCUUUUUUAUCCUAAGGACAGAACCUAUUAACCAAGAGAAAAGUGAAAUACGGUACGAAAAAAUAUGGCAUGAAAGCAUGCCAUCUUUAGUGGAAGUCGCGCAAGAGACAAAACUCGUCAACGUUGACAUUUUAAAUUUAAACAUUCAAGUAUCGUGUUCUACUUACUAUCAUUGCCACUUCAACUUCAAAUUUUCAAAGCCUCUUGACAUCCUUUACGAUGUAGACUACCAAUACAUCUUCGAUGCGCUCACGGGCAACGUUGUGUUAAGAGACAUAAGCCUAAAACCGUCGGAUAAAUUGAGGGUUCCAAGAAAGAAGUUUCUUACCAAGCUCAUCCGAUCAGCCAUAGACACUAUUACUGUGGUGGACUCAGAAGCUAGAUACAAAGAAUACAAAAAUAGAGAAUGCAUGGAGUGGGCUCAAAAGAUCAAUCGGUUAGCUAAAUUAUGGUACAUCGGUACUGCAUUUGUCAAACGACAAGAGGCCAUUGGACUAUAUCACUUGGGCUACGACACAUUAGCAGAAAAGGCCGUAAUGAAUGUAGCCGAGCCCGAAGAAGUACAGCCAGCUUUGCUCGCAAUUUCUAUACAACGCAUGAAGCGCAGCCUGGAAUGCGCUAGCAACCCUAGAGAGUGGAUUGUGAACCUGACACCGAAUUUGUACCGCCGCGUUAGGGACACUGAACUGGAUACAUCGAUACCUGCUCAUCCGUCGCUAGAAACCACAGUUUCCGUUUUAGAUAGAUUGCUGUAUAAAAUUAGUGAGAGGCCUGAAGAAUGCCAAGACAUACAGAAUAAUAAAUUAACUGAACUAAUUAUAGAGAACUGCGAGGUUUUAUAUAAAAAGAAACUUAGCAUAUAGAAAAUCAAUUGAUUAGGAAGGGGUAAAGUAUAUAACAGCGUCAAAAUCGUUAUACAAGGCUGUAUAAAAAGAACAGACACGUUGAAUGUAUUUUGCCGAAAAUGAACCUUGUGAACAAAACUAUAAGGUGCAUGUGCUGUCGGAUAAUUAGCGUCUUUUCGGAUGAACCUUAUGGUUCUCGCGAUGGGUACGGCGGCGUGGUCAACUCGUCAUAGAAGUGUGAAUGUCUUAUGGAGAUGUGUAUCAUUGAUUGCAAGAGAUUACAAUUAAGCUAAGCUCCCGAACAUACAAGAACAUCCCUUAAGCAACUUAACAAAAUAAGUGAUAACGCCACGUACAAACGUGGAGGAAGUGCAAUAAAUACAAAAUUUUAUAAAAAGUGCAAGUGCAAGCAAUGUGGUGAUUGUUGUAAAGAAAUGUUUUAUGCAAGUUUAUUACUAUUCAAGACAAUUUUAUUAUUGGCUUUGUGCAUUUUAUAUACAUGUGCCUAAUAUUUAAAGUGUGCAUGUUACUCUAAAUUUUAUUAUUAUCGCAUUAAUGUACAUUCUGACAAUUAUUAAACUGUU